CGCGCGGCAGUAGUGCGUUGCGUUCGGCGCAGGUCGGAGCAGAAAACGGAGCGGACGGCGCUCGCGCGUGUAACAUGUUCGCCAGGCGUUAAACAACCGAUCGCGCGAGACAGCUCUCGUACGAGGAAUCACGAUCACGCGUGAUCGGGUGAUACGGUCGCGUAACGCGCCACGGUGUGCGUGCGUGCGUGCGUGCGUGCGUGUCUUCGUGCGUUCGUGCGUGAAACCGGACCUUCUCAUCGAGACACCGAUUUCCCUGUUCCCUCCUCCCUCCUUCCUCCGCCGUGCGCGUUGACAUCGCCGUUCGGCGAAGAAGGAAACAGGAGGAGAGAAAGAAAGAAAUAGAAGAAGAGAAGAGAUCAUCGCGUGCGGCAUGUACUCCGACGGUCACGAGGUGGACGGCAGCUGGGUGCUGCGCGUCUACGUGACGGAUCUGCAGGUCGAGAGGAGUUUACGCGUGAAGGGAGAGCUGCACAUCGGCGGUGUCAUGCUGCGCCUCGUGGAAGAUCUCGACAUCGCUAUGGACUGGUCGGACCAUGCUCUUUGGUGGCCAGAGCGGAACCACUGGCUGACCAGAACGCGCAGCACCCUAGAUCAGUACGGUGUGGCGGCGGAUGCGAUGCUGCACUUCACGCCGAUGCACAAGAUCCUGAGGGUGCAAUUGCCGGACAUGCGGUGCCUCGACUGCCGCGUCGACUUUUCCGUCAAGACGUUCAACGCGGUCAUUAAUUUGUGCAAGGAACUCGGCAUUAGACACCCGGAGGAGCUCUCGUUCUGCAAGCCGCUCGAACCGAAUCAUCUGAAGUACAAUCUGAAGGAUCUGCCAGCUAAGAAGAAAAUCGAAAGUCACAAGAACGGUCACUGGAACGUCCCGGCCGACACGAAUACCUUCAUCCCGGCCAGUCAGAGUCCCAGGGGAUCCACAGGAAGCUUAGAUCAAUCAAGCCCAUUCAUGUGCGCACCGGUUACGCCCAACAACAGAAAUCACAGCACGCCGAUCAGCUCUCCCGUUUCGCAUACCGGUACAUGGAAGAGAAACAAUAACUCCUCCGGCUUCGGCAGCACCGGCUCCUUCAACGCCAACAACAGCACUAUGAGCCUCGAGGCGUUGAACGGCGGGCUGACGGAGUCCUUGGCGCAGAGUCCGACGUCGAUCUCGCCGGAGAUGCGGGUGAAGCUGAUCAGGCCGAAGAGUUUGAUCGAACGAGCGAGAAUGAACGUCGCUUGGCUGGACUCCUCUCUAUCGAUCAUGGAGCAGGGCAUCCGCGAAUUCGACACGCUUAGGUUGAAAUUCAAAUUCUACUCCUUCUACGACCUGAACCCGAAGACCGACGCGGUGCGCAUCAACAUGAUUUACGAGCAAGCCAAGUGGCAGUUGCUCGCGGAGGAGAUCGACUGCACCGAGGAGGAGAUGCUGAUGUUCGCGGCGCUUCAGGUACAAGUGAAUCUUCAGGCGAGCGUGCCUCAGCCUACGUAUGACAGCAACGGAGCGUCUUCGCCUGUCGAGGACGAAAUCGACGCCGCCUUGACGGAUCUGCAGGUGACCCUGGAGGGCAGCAACAUCAGCAACGGGCCUAGCGACAUCACGCAGGUGCCCGAGCUCUGCGACGAGCUGCGUUUCUUCAAGCCGCGUUUCUUCAAGCCGAAGCGUUUCACGUUGAAGGCCUUCAAGCGUUACUGGUUCACGUGCCGUGACCUUCAGCUCAGGCUCUACAAGAGCAGGGAGGAAGUGGGCGGUUCGGAGUCGCCGGUCUACGUGAUCAAUUUGCGCGGCUGCGAGGUCACACCGGACGUACAUCUGUCGCAAGGUCGCUAUGGGAUCAGACUGGAGGUGCCCAGCGCCGAAGGCAUGACCGAGAUGUGGAUAAGAUGCGACAACGAACAGCAAUACGCGAAGUGGAUGGCCGCGUGCAGAUUAGCAGCCAAGGGCCGUACCCUCGCCGACGCGUCCUACGAGAGCGAAGUCAACAGUAUCAUAGCCUUUCUCCAACUGCAGAGGCCUGCGCCCGCGCCUGCCAUCAAUCCGAAUGCUUUGGAUAUCGUGCCGGAGGACUACGUCGCGCCUAGAUUCGCGAAGAAAUUCAAAGGAAAGUUGGUUCAGAGGAUCUUGGAAGCACACGCAAACGUUAAAGAUCUGCACCUCGUCGAAGCGAAGCUGAAUUAUAUCAAGGCUUGGCAGUCUUUACCAGAAUAUGGUAUUUCACUUUUUAUCGUACGAUUUACCGGCAAGAGUAAAGACGAGCUGUUAGGUAUCGCCAAUAAUAGGUUAAUGCGGAUGGAUCUUCACAAUGGCGAUCACUUAAAAACUUGGAGGUAUAACACUAUGAAGGCGUGGAACGUUAACUGGGAAGUAAAGCACAUGAUGGUACAAUUUGAGGAAGAGAAUAUCAUUUUUGAAUGUCAAUCAGCAGACUGUAAAGUCGUCCAUGAGUUCAUAGGAGGCUACAUCUUCCUAUCGAUGCGCUCGAAAGAGGCGAAUCAAACGUUGAACGAGGAGAUGUUCCACAAGUUGACCGGCGGAUGGGUUUAAUCCAGAACUGCAAUACGAGUGCAUAAAACCUAAACGGGUUUUAAUAUAUUCUGAGAAGCGAUGACGCGAGGAUGAGAUGCGCUCCGCGCAUCAUUUACAUAUGUUGCGCUCGUUUGCGUGCCUGUUCAAGGACCGACCGUUUUUGCAUGUUGGUUGGACACUUGUAAAAAUACUUAAAUCUGGUCGUAUUUAUCAUGUUUUAACACUGUAUGCUGUAAAUAGAAUAUUGUCCCUUUUACGCGCGAACGGAAGUUUUAGCAAGUUACAGUUAUUUUUAUUCGACAGGAGGCUACUUCAGAAGUUUAUGCGUCUACCUUAUUUAUAAGGUAACUAACAAUAUUGAUAACCGUAAUCGUGGCCUCUUUUCCACGAAAAGAAAUCCUUUUUCUAUAUAUACAAUGAUUUUAUACAUAGACAUCUACGAAACUAUAUUUUACAAAUAUGGAGAUUAUACUUUUAUAUGAAACUUUUUCUACAUAGAAGAAGAAUCUUGUCAUUGAAUAAAUAAUGCCGAAUCUAGGACCAAAUACGUCAAAUCCGCACAAAGCAAAAAUCUGCAAAACAUAUCGUAGAGUGUUAGGUAACACUCUGCACAACAAAGAAAAAUAUUUCAAUUUUAAUUCUUUAAGGAAGGACAACGUGAAACCGUCAGUAGUUUCAAUGUGGUUUUAUUUCGACCACGGCCGUCCCGAAAGAACCCAAAAAUUACUUUCAAUUAAUGAUUUACGUUGCAUGAAAACUAAAGUCUUGUAAUCCUCCCUCUUAUAAUGCGUGUCAGUGUCCUCUUCAAUGUUACAAGGUGCUAUACUAACAGAGCUCGACUUCACAACGCAAGAGAUCGAAUCGUGUAAAUUAUUUGUUAUUUUAAUGUAAAUUAGAUGUAGAGGAAAUAUAUUACUUAUAUCGUUAUAUAUUACAUUCACAAAAGAUACCCCGUUAUAUGUGUAUGUAACAAAAAAAAAAGAUUAUAGUUUUGUAUAUUAAUAGGCAGUAACUGUACAAUAAACUUAUUAAUGUA